AUGUAUGAGGUAAUUGACGUGGCACAGAAACCCCAAGAAAACGUGGAGUUCGGGAUUUUCAAACGUGCUAAGGUGGUACUCUCAAUGAGAGGAACCCAACAGCAUACAAUAACAUUAGGAGGCCAAGGAGAUCCACCAUACGCGCAGGGUGAGCUGCAUCAGGCAGGACGAGUUCCUCUAGUGCUUGUGCAACCUCAGAUACGUGCUCAAGAAGAAACGUCAACUACCCCGCACAGACAAGCGAAGACCAAUGAACUUAGGCAUAACCGCUACUGUAGGACGGAUAGAGGAGACGAGAAUUCAGACUCAACUCGACUUUGUAAUGCACCGUCAAAGAAAUACAUUUCUGGGAAUUGGACGAACAAGACAAGAGACGAGAUUUUAUGCGAACUUUUUCUCGAAAAGAACAUUGACCUACGGAACUCCCGCAAACUCGGCUGUGGACGGUAUAGCAAAGUAAUAACUGGCCAAUUCGUUUCUAGCGGGGAUCCGGUUGCCAUCAAAAUGAUAAACACGCAGAAAGUGACCGAGGAAUUCCGCAGCAAGUUUUUACCGCGUGAAAUCGAAUGCUGGAAACGACUGAAUCAUCCUCAUCUCGUGCGUAUUCUCGGCCACUACGAAGCAAUGCAGCAUGUGUUUCUUACAAUGGAAUUCGCUCGAGGAGGAGAUAUGCUACAACACGUGCAGAAAAAAGGACCGGUCAAGGAACAUCAAGCAAUGAUCUGGAUGUCUCAAGUGAUUUCGGCCGUUUACUACAUGCACACACGUGGAAUUGUUCACCGUGAUCUCAAACUAGAGAACAUAGUCAUCUUUCCUGACGAAGGAAUUAUCAAAAUCAGUGAUUUCGGAUUUGCACGAAGUGUUAUCAGAGGUGAUGCGUUGUCGGAAACAUACUGUGGGUCUAAAUCAUAUUCUGCACCAGAAAUCCUCAAAGGGGAACCGUACGAUCCCUAUAAGUCAGACGUUUGGUCAGUGGGUGUAAUUGCUUUUGUGAUUGUAACUGACUGUAUGCCGUACUGUGAGAAGCGUCCCAAUCCACAAAUUGUAGAAGCCCAGCGGUUGCGAGCCUACGAAUAUCCUCCGAAGCUGCAUCUUUCUGCUGAGUGUCGUUUUUCAAUAGACACAAUGAUGACGUUCUCAUGGCGAGACCGACCUAAUAUAUCUCACUGUGGAUGCCUACCGUGGUUUCAGCCACUUGCUGUCCAACAUAACACUGCCCAUAUGCUGAAGCCCUUUUAUCGGUUGAAGUAG